CAGCCUGACACCUGAUAGCUCCAGAGUGGCGCACAGCGCGCUCAGGAAGACGGAAAGCUGGCGCUGUAAGUUUGGAAACAUGCGGCGGAAUGAGAGCACACCUUUAACAGUAGAAGACCAACUUGAAGCUUUGGCAUUGACAUACGCGGCUUUGCCACUGUAAAGGACCCUGUAGCGCGGAACUCGCGCAGACCCCUAAGCGCAUUUCAUGGACAUCUUUCGAUGACAAGACCUGCACGCUGCGGGUUGCUCUCGGCUUCGUGGAACAUGGCGAGAGGGAUGAGAGGAGCUCAUCUCCUCGCUGUCUUUUUCACUUUUUCUGUAACACUUUUCAGGGAUGCAAAUGGCCAAGCAAACGUUAAUGACUUAACAGGUUUUAGUUUGAGUCCUCCGUAUUUCAACCUCGUUGAUGGGUCUAGUAUCUCUGCCACAGCAACCUGCGGUCAGGAUGGUGCUGGGACACCGAGAAACGAGUUAUACUGUAAGCUUGUCGGAGGACCGACCAGCGGACUUCCUACUCAAAAUAUACAGGGUCAGUUCUGUGACUACUGCAACUCCAUUGACCCAAACAAAGCUCACCCAGUGACCUACGCUAUUGAUGGGACAGAGCGCUGGUGGCAGAGCCCUCCUCUCUCCAUGGGACCGGGCUACAACGAGGUGAAUGUUACCCUGGACCUUGGGCAGCUCUUCCAUGUGGCGUACGUCCUCAUCAAGUUUGCUAAUUCACCUCGACCUGACCUCUGGGUGCUUGAGCGCUCUGUAGACAACGGGAGAACCUUCAAACCCUGGCAGUAUUUUGCACAUUCAAAGCGUGAGUGUAUUGAAAAGUUUGGAAAGCAGCCCAAUGCUCGUAUAGUGCAUGAUGAUGACCAGCUCUGCACCACAGAUUACUCACGGAUUGUCCCUUUAGAGAACGGAGAGAUUGUGGUGUCUCUGGUCAACGGUCGGCCGGGGUCUAAAAACUUCACCUACUCGCCAGUGCUGCAAGACUUCACAAAGGCCACCAAUGUUCGCCUGCGCUUUCUCCGGACCAACACCUUGCUGGGCCACCUGAUCUCCAAGGCCCAGAGAGAUCCCACCGUCACACGCAGGUAUUACUAUAGUAUCAAAGACAUCAGCAUUGGUGGACGCUGUGUUUGCCAUGGGCAUGCACAUGUGUGUCGUGGGGGGCGUAACCAGGAAAACCCAAAGAGGCUCCAGUGUGAGUGCCAACACAAUACUUGUGGUGAGACAUGUGACCGCUGCUGCCCAGGCUUUAACCAGAAGCCAUGGCGUGUCGCGACUGUUGACAGCUCCAAUGAGUGUCAUCCCUGCCAGUGUUUCUCCCAUGCCUUUGACUGUUAUUAUGAUCGAGAGGUGGAAAAGAGAAGAGCAAGUUUAGACACCUUUGGAAGGUACGACGGAGGAGGAGUGUGCAUCAACUGCCAGCACAACACUGCCGGAGUGAACUGUGAGCAAUGCCUUGAAGGUUUCUACAGACCUUAUGGAGCACCUCCCGAAUCUCCCACCGGAUGCAUACCCUGCAGGUGUGAUGAAAGGACUACAGCCGGCUGUGAAAUGGGGUCUGGAAGGUGUAUCUGCAAGCCCCAAUUUGCUGGAGGAAACUGUGAUCGCUGUGCUGAGGGAUACUAUUACUACCCUCAGUGCAUUGGAUAUCCCGUAUACCAGACAACCACCAAAUCCCCUGCAGGACCAAUUGUGGGGCCCACCGCUUGCCCUGCAGGUUUUUUCGGCUCACCCAGCUGUCAGCAGUGUAUAUGUGACUACAGAGGGACAGCGUAUGGGGUGUGCGAUGCUUCAGGCCGCUGCCUGUGCCGUCAGGGUGUGGAGGGGGAGCGAUGCGACCGCUGUCGCCAAGGAUACCACUCCUUCCCAAACUGCCGGGAGUGUGUCUGUGAUGGGGCUGGUGUGGCUGACGGUGUGUGCAGUCCAAAUGGCCAGUGUGUUUGCUUUCCUAACUAUGUGGGACAGGAUUGUGACGAAUGUGCACCAGGCUACUAUGGAUACCCAGACUGUGCUGUCUGCCAAUGUUCACAGGAAGGCUCAUACGGAAGCUUAUGCAACCCACUGUCGGGCCAGUGUCUGUGUCUCCCAGGGGUGGUGGGCCAGCAGUGUGACCGCUGUGCCUCUGGACUCAGGUUCCCCCAGUGCUCAGCCCCCAUCAGUGGGUGUAACCAAGCAGGAACUGAGGCCACUGAUCCUCGAACGGGUUCCUGCCGCUGCCUAGCAAACGUGGAGGGAACCCUGUGUGACAGGUGUAAACCUCUCUACUGGAAACUAAAUCCAGACACCUCUAGUGGCUGCAUAGAGUGUCGGUGUGAAUUGAAAGGGACCCUGAGUGGUGUUGGAGAGUGUGAACAGAAAAGUGGACAGUGUCACUGUAAACCUAAUGCAUGUGGACAUGCAUGUGAAACCUGUAAAGAUGGAUACUUCCUGCUGCAGAAAAAGCAGUAUUUUGGCUGUCAAGGUUGUCAGUGCGAUGUAGGUGGUGCCAUUGGCAUGUCGUGCGAUGAGAUGUCGGGACAGUGUUGGUGUCGGAAGAAUGUAUUUGGCCGUGAAUGCACUGAGCCAGCACCAAGUUACUAUUUCCCCACUCUCCAUCAACUGAAGUUUGAAGUCGAGGAUGGCACUACGCCAAAUGCCAGACCAGUCCGCUUUGGUUAUAACUCCCAACAGUUCCCAAAUUUCAGCUGGAAAGGUUAUGCUGUAAUGUCUCCUGCACAGAGUGAAGUCAGAGUAACAGUGCAUGUUGACCCAAAAGGUGAGAGGCAGCACUUAUUCCGUGUGAUUCUGCGGUUCACUAACCCGAGCAGCACCAGCGUGACAGGUAGCAUCAAGGCUACCAAUAACAAAGGCACUGCAGGGUCAGACCAGAGUAAGGAAGUAAUAUUCCCUAAGAGUCCCUCCCCAUCCUUCCUCACUGUCCCAGGAGAGGGCUUCGCUGAGCCCUUUGCAUUGACCCCUGGGAAAUGGAUCAUUCACAUAAGGGGAGAGGGGCUUCUGCUGGACUAUUUAGUGCUGCUGCCCCAGGAUUACUAUGAGGCACCUUUGCUGCAGGAGAAAAUUACCCAGCCCUGCACAUACUUACCCACUGUCAACAGAGAUGCAAACUGUCUCUUGUAUAAGCAUGUUACCAUGGAUGGCUUCAGCUCUGCACUGGGCUCUCAAGGGAAACUCUCCAGCCGCAGCGGGCGCAAGAGGAGGCAGUCUCGUGUGCGCCGUCCCACCCCAGAUCACCCUGAAAUGGCCGCUCUCAGUGACAGACAGUCGCAGCUCCAACUCAGUCUACGCGUACCUCGUCCUGGCCAAUAUGCUCUUGUCCUGGAGUACGCCAGCGAGGUGGACACUGUCCAGAAUGUCAACAUACUCAUCAGUGACCAGUCAGGUGGCCAGAUCCCAGCCAGGGCCAACAUCUACAGCUGUGCCUACAGCUUUUUGUGCCGGAGUGUGGCAGUGGACAGCAAUAGUCAGGUGACGGUGUUGCAGCUUACUCACAAGACAGACCUUCUACUGCAAACAUCUACAACAUCAUUUCUGCUGUAUAAAGUGUAUGCAGUCCCUGCAGAGGAGUUCUCCAUGGAGUAUGUAGACCCACAGGUGCUGUGUGUAUCCACUCAUGGCCGCUUUACUGAGGACAGCCGGCACUGCGUUCUGACGCAAUUCGACAAGCCAGCCUCAGCCUGGAUUUUGUAUGCUGCCCGUGAUGGACAGCUAUCUUCGACACCAGCUGUUUCUCCCCAACAAGGAGAGAAUGAGGAUUGGAGACAAAGACAACAGACGGGGGUGUUCCAUGUCAGUGAACCUCAGAGUGAUGGGAUACUGCUUAAAUUCCCUCAGACAGAGAUCCAUUUCACUCCAAAAGUGCCCAGCCCAGGCUCGUAUGUGGUUGUGGUCCAUUAUCGCCAGAAUGAACAUACGUCCUUCCCCGUGGAGGUCCGAGUGGAUGCAGGGCGUGAGUGGAAGGGUUCAAUAAAUGCCUCCUUCUGCCCCGCGGUCUCAGGCUGCAGGGAGGUUGUGAUCGCUGAUGGGCGCAUUGCCCUUGACUUUGACCAGAAUUCUUGGCAGCUGCCCACCAUCUCUGUGAUCGUGCAACCUAAGAAGACACUACUUCUGGAUUAUAUCUUGUUGGUUCCUGAUAGCAGUUACACCCCAGAUCUCCUGAAAGAGAAGCCUCUGGAUAAAUCUGCAGAUUUCAUACAACAAUGUAGAGGAGAAGGAUUUUUUAUUGAUCUGAGAACUUCUCCCCAGUUCUGCGGAGACUCUGCCCGAUCUCUUGUAGCAGCCUAUAAUGACGGAGCUCUGCCUUGCAACUGUGACAAGUCUGGCUCUACAGGAGCCACUUGUGAUCCGGUUGGAGGACAGUGUCCCUGCAGACAGCAUGUCAUCGGUCGUCAGUGCACAAAGUGUGCCACGGGAUACUACGGCUUCCCCUACUGCAGACCGUGUGAGUGUGGCAGCCGACUGUGUGACGAGGUGACAGGACGCUGUAUCUGCCCUCCUCAGACAGUCAGACCAGCCUGUGAUGUGUGCCAGAGUCAGACGUUCAGCUAUCACCCGUUGCUGGGCUGUGAGGGCUGUGAAUGCUCCCCAAAAGGCAUCAAAGACAACACAAGGCCUGACUGUGACCAAACCACCGGACAGUGCAGUUGCAAGCCUAGGAUUGGUGGCCGACAGUGUGAUCGAUGUGCUGCAGGUUAUUAUCGCUUCCCCGACUGUGUGCCUUGUAACUGUAACCAAGGUGGCGUCACACCUGACAUCUGCCACCCAGACACAGGGAGGUGUCUCUGCAAGAGAAAUGUUGCUGGCGUCGAGUGUGAUACCUGUCGGGAAGGUUCCUUCUAUUUUGACCCCUCUAACCCUCAUGGCUGUACCAAGUGCUUUUGCUUCGGAGCAACAGACCAGUGUCAGAGCUCCAGCAAACGCAGGGGGAAGUUUGUUGAGAUGUGGGCCUGGCGUUUGGAAAGCCCCGACCAGGAGGAGGUUACCUCUGUGCUGAACACAGCCAGUAACACAGUGGUGGCAGACAUCCAGGAGCUUCCUCCCACAGUUCAAACUCUACACUGGGUGGCACCAUCAUCUUACCUGGGAGACAGGGUGUCGUCUUAUGGUGGCUUCCUCACCUACCAGUCCAAAUCCUUUGGGAUUCCCAGCGAGGGAAUGACUCCCCUAGACAGGAGACCUGAUGUCGUGCUCACUGGUCGGAAUAUGACCCUUAGCCACAUGGCUUUACAAGUCCCACUUCCAGACAGGCUGUACCAGGGCAGAGUCCAGCUGUUGGAGGGAAACUGGCGCCAUGCUGUCAGCAACAGGCCUGUCUCCAGAGAGGAACUGAUGAUGGUCCUCGCUGGUCUGGUUGGCCUGAGAAUCCGAGCCUUGUACUUUACUCAGACCCAGCGACUCAGCAUAGGGGAGGUGGGCCUGGAGGGGGCGACCAUCACAGGGACUGGUAGUCCUGGAAACACUGUUGAAGAUUGUUCCUGCCCCCCCCAGUACACCGGAGACUCAUGUGAGGAAUGUGCUCCUGGUUACUAUAGAGACAGCAGUGGGCCUUUCCUGGGCCGCUGUGUACCCUGUGAUUGCAACGGUCUGGCUGAUGAGUGUGAAGGGAGGACAGGGAGAUGCCUGAACUGUCAGUACAACACGGCUGGGGAUCGAUGUGAACGCUGCAAAGAAGGUUACUAUGGAAACGCGGCUCAGAGGACAUGCAGAGUUUGCCCGUGUCCAUUCAGCGUGUCUUCAAACAGUUUUGCAAUAGGUUGCAAUGAGGUAUUUGGAGACUUUGUGUGUAUUUGCAAAGCAGGCUACACUGGAAACAGGUGUGAGAGUUGUGCUCCUGGUUACUAUGGCGAUCCACUGACACCAGGAGGAAAUUGUCGGCCCUGUAAUUGCAAUGGCAAUGGCAACAACUGUGAUCCCAGGACUGGAGUUUGCAAGAACAGCCUGGAGCCAGGAGACACAAACACAGAUGAGCACUGCCAAGAGUGUGAUAAUUGUGCCCAGACUCUACUACAAGAUCUGGAGAAGCUGGAUGAUGAGCUGGGAAGGAUCAAGACUCAACUGGACAAUGCCACUGCCAGUGCGUCCUCUCAGGACAGGCUGAAGAAGCUGGAAAGGGCCAUAUCAGACACCAAGAUUCUUGUCAACAGCUUUAGCUCAGCCAUCAACACCCAAAAGUCCAGAGUCAACCAACUGGAAGACGACGUGAGCACUCUGUCAGAUGACAUCAGCACCCUCAAAAACAAGGCAGAUAAGAGGGCUGCUGAUGCUGACAAAGCGGUGGCAGAUAUCGAAAAAACCCACAAGAGGGCUAAAGAUCUGGACUCAGAGAUUCAAAACAUGCUCAAGAAAAUCCAGGCUUUGCUUGACCAACUAAAGGAGACAGGCACCGGUGGUGAUGUGCCCAAUGAAGACCUGUCUAAAAUGCUAGCAGAUGCUCAGCGCAUGGUGAAGGAGAUGGAGGAUAGGAACUUCACCCCUCAGAAGGCAGCUGCUGAGAAAGAAAGAGACGAGGCCAAGAAAUUGCUAGACUAUGUCAAAGCCAAUGUAAGCAGGCAGUGUGACCAGAAUGAAGCCUCAGCAGAGAAGCUUCGGGGCCUUCUGGAGGGUUACGAGGCCAAGCUGAAAGACUUGGACAAGGCUUUAAAGGAGGCAGGGGACUUGCUGAAAAAAGCCAACGCCCAGAAUGGACUUAAUGCUCAGACACUGGGACUGUUGCAGAAAAAAAUCGAUGACUUAAAAAAGGAGCGGAAGACAGUUGAGGACCAAAUUGCCAUGGCCACAAAUGAGUUGCAGAAAACAGAGGGUUUGGUGAAAAUGCUAUCUGACAGCAAAACGGAUUACGAACAGCUGGCAGCACAGCUGGAUGGUGCCAAGACUGACUUGACCGAGAAGGUGAAGGAUAUUGCCAAGGCCGCAGCCAAGGAGAGCAUUGUGAUCUCUGCAGAGGAUCAUGCCAGAGAACUUAACAAGCUGGCAAAGGAACUUGAGGAUGCUGUGAAGAACGCAAGUGGACGCACUGAGGUGCGAAACGCCAAAGACGCUAUUGACGCCUACAAGAACAUCACUGAUGCAAUUAAUGCUGCUGAGGCUGCAGCCAAUGAGGCCAAAGGUGCUGCCGACAAUGCCCUGAAUAAUGUAAAAAAUCAGAAACUCACAGAAAGAGCAAAAGACCUUAAGAAGACUGGUGAUGACCUACUGAAAAAUGCAGAGGAGGCAGAGACAGACCUUCAAGGCGCUGCGGACGACAUUACUGACCUGAAGAAACGGCUGAAGACUGCUGAUGAGAAGAAGAAAGCUCUUCAGAAAGACCUGCUUGAUGCACAGAACCAAUUAAAAGGCAUCAAGAGAGAUGACAUUGGUGGUAUGAUUGAUGAAGCCAAGAGGAAGGCAUCUUUAGCCAAUGACACAGCCAAUGCCACUAUGGACAAACUGAAUGGCAUCAGAAAAGAAAUUGGCAAUAUCAGUGUCUCUCCGGUACACUCUAACCUGAGCAGUGUGUUGGAUGAUGUGGACCAGUCAGUGAAGGACUUGCUGAAAACCAUCCCAUCUCUGAAUGAUAAGAUCUCGGAGGUGGAGAACCUGACCUCUCAGGUCUCACCAUUUAGCAACAUAUCUUUGGACAUCAUGAAGCUCAAAGAGCUCAUUGAACAAGCUCGGGACGCAGCGAACAGGAUUGUGAUCCCGAUGAAGUUCACAGGCAAAGGCUACGUGGAGAUGCGUGCGCCAAAGGAUCUGGAGGAUCUGAAGGCCUACACGGCCCUGUCUCUGUCGCUGCAGAGACCUCAAGGCAGGGGUGAUGGAAGACGCAGACGCAGACAGGCCAUAGACAAUGGAGACAUGUUUGUGUUGUACCUUGGCAAUAGAGAUUCUUCUAAGAACUACAUCGGUAUGGUUCUGAGGAGCAACAUGCUGUACGGUGUCUACAAGCUUAACGGAGUCGAGCAUGAGAUGAAAACGGAUUUCAUCACCAUGUCUUCAUCUGAGCCAGCCAAGUUUGAUAGAGUGGACCUACACAGGAUUUACCAAGAUGCAAAGAUGAUCCUCACCAAAGAUAUCACCUCAAACCCAGUUGGUAAAAGAUUUGAGGAAAUCAUGCAAGGAAAAGAGAACAAGAACCUCCUGGACCUCAGUCCCAGUGAUACUGUUUUCUACGUUGGAGGCUACCCUGACAACUUCACUCCACCAGCUUCUCUCAACUACCCCAAGUACCAAGGUUGCAUUGAGUUCUCCUCUUUUAACGACAAAGUCAUCAGUCUCUACAACUUCCAAAAAGCAGAGGGGAUCAAUUCAGAGACUCCUUGCAAGAGAUAUGUAAUCCCAGUGGAUUCUGACUACUAUGAAGGCACGGGAUAUGGCAAAGUGCUCAUGGAUAGUAAAAAACCUAACACCAUCCGCAUCAAUAUGAACAUCUUGACUCGUUCAGAAAAUGGUCUGCUCUUAUACAUCGGAAGUGAGGACAAUUACUUCACCGUGACGAUAGAGAAGGGUAGGAUUUUGUUGCGUAGCAAUUUGCUUCAGGGACCAGCUACAAAUAACGUGAAAACAUUCCCGCCAGGUGACUGGGCAGAAAUCCUAAUCCUUAUUUCAAAGGGGAAAAUGACAGUCCGCUUGGACAAAAAUGAAGUGGCCUUAGCCGAAGCUGUGUUUGACCACAAUACAUUUCAAGAAUACUAUAUUGGUGGUGCCCCGCGGGACUUGAGAGAAAGAUAUAACAUCACCAUGCAGCCAUUCAAAGGAUGCUUGAAGAAUGCAAAGCUGAAUGGCGAAUUUAAACCUCCUGUAGAGCAAGUGGGCAUCAGCAAAGGUUGUCCCACGGAUUCCUUGAUUUCUCGUAAAGCAGAGUUCAGCUUGGGGAGCUCGCUGUCAGCUGACCUCGCGGGCUUUAGCCUUGCCAAUGACGUUACGGUAUCCCUUGGAUUCAAGAGCACAGAGAAUGAGGGUCUCAUUCUGCAGGACAAACAGCUGGCUAAUGGGUUGACUCUUAUGUUGGAAAAUGGCUAUGUGAUUCUCAAUUUCAACGACAAGAUCUGGAAAUCCAACAAACGAUAUCAGGAUGGCCAGUGGCAUUAUUUGACUGUAACCAGAGUAGGUGGAAGGAUUCAGCUGCUUAUUGAUGAUGAAGAUGAGGGACAGCAGCAGAGUCAGAGUGGCAGCACCAUAUCUGACACAGGUGGCUCCGUCGUCCUGGGAAAAGAGAAGUUCAAAGGAUGUGUUUCCAACCUCUACACAAGACGGCCCGACAAUCUGUACAAGGCUGAGGACCUCAGCAUCUUCCGGGCAUCUGGAGAUGUCUUGCUUGAUGUGUGUACUGCUGACAGUCUUGCUCAACUGAUGUUGGACCGUGCCUCUAAGAAAGACGUUGUGAUGCAGGCGAUAAAUGAGAGUCUAUCAGCGUGUGCAUUACCAGCCCUGGUUCAAAAUGCUUAUCGCAUUAGUGGCCCUGUCAGCAGCCUGAGCUACAGCCUUCCACUACAGGUCCUGCAGCCCAGGCCCCACUUUUCUCUCGAUGUCAGGACUCGAGCUCCUGAGGGCCUGCUGUUCUUUGCUGCUACCAGAGAGGGGCGCUCUCAUCUCGCUUUAUACAUAUCCAAAGGCAGGAUCAGACUGUCUGUAGGCAAACAGAAGGAGAUCUUCAACAGGGAGAAGUACAAUGACGGAAAGUGGCACUCGGUCAUUUUCAGUUUGGAGAAGAAGAAAUUCCGAUUGGUUGUAGAUGGGAUCAGAGCCCAGGAUGGUCAGCUGACAAAUGCUGAGUUGACAUCCAUGCAGAAGUUUGUGUCACCUGUGUACCUGGGCAGUGCCCCGGAGUCCCUUCACAAAGAACUGAAGUUGAAGGCCCUUCCAAAGCAAAGUGUGUCUGGCUGUAUUCGCAAUUUUAAAAUGAAUGGAGCACCAAUUUCAACUCCAGCCACAAACCACGCCGCCGGCCCCUGCUUCGAGGGACAGACACAAAAAGGAGCUUAUUUCUCAGGGAAUGGAGCUCAUGUUAUCAUCAAUGACUCCUUUGUUGUGGGCUCCAGCUUUGAGCUGCUUUUUAAUGUUCGUCCGCGGAGUCCGACUGGACUCCUGCUACAUGUUGGUGAUUCCAGCAGGAACCAGUAUGGGCCUGCAAUGGGCCACUAUCUCACUGUCUACAUGCUCAAAGGAGAGGUAGUGGCACAGGCAAACAAUGGCAAAGGGGAAUUCACGGUGUCGGUGAAGCCCAAAGCUUCUUUGUGUGAUGGAAUGUUUCAUAAAAUUUCAGUAAUCAAGAGGAAAAAUGUUGUGCAACUGCAUGUGGACACAAUCGACAAUUACAAGAUUGGACCACCAUCUUCCACUACAACAUUGACCAAAGACUCCUUGUAUGUGGGUGGCAUUCCUGAGAUGUCAAUGCAAAAGAUGCUCCCUGUUACAUCGUCCUUUGUGGGAUGCAUCCAGGACAUGAGGAUCAACAGCGACUCGGUUUCUUUUGACAGACUGUCUGGUGCGUUUGGUCCGGUCAACCUUAAAGAGUGUCCAGGCUGAACGUCUCACUGCUUCAUCAAGAAACCAACCUUGGGACCACGUCCACAGCCAACCAUGUGCAAUCUGUUAUAAAGACAGAGAAUGUGUUUGUGUAUAAGGGUGUAUAAUUUUUGAUGAGUGUGUGUGUGUGUGUGUGUGUGUGUGUGUGUGUGUGUGUGUGGGUGUGUGUGUGUGUGUGUGUGUGUCUGUGUGUAUUAUGAGCAGCAGCUUACUGGUUCAUAUUAUUGGCUCUGUUUAACAAUGCUGUAUUUAUUUUGUAAAAUCAUGUGUCAGGGCACCGAUUCACAUAUUCUAACAGUUGUUUUUCAGUCUAAUGUGUUGGUCCAUGUACUUUCUGUCUGAAUAUGCUUGUGAUUGGUCAGAGCUGCAGGAGGAGCUGCCCAGCACUUUAAGAAUGAUGGUGCUUUAAUGUAGAUCAACAUUAUUAGUUAUUUUUUUGUUUUGUUUUUGUUUGUUGGAAAGUUUAUAAUAGGAUAAUUACGUUUACACCCACGGUGCUCACUUCAUUAACAUUUCAGGCACAUGCCAGCGUGUAGAAUCAUGCAUUUUACCUGGUUUAAUAGAUAUGGAGUCUUUACACAGGUCGUGAAAUCACAUGGUUUCCUCUCAUUAUGAAAACUGUUGUUUUGAAUUCAUUGUCCAUUUUGCAUUCCUCCUUCAUGCAUGACGCUGUUCUGUGUGGAUGUUAAUCACUUACACAGAACACAGCAUGUUUGUGGAACAUUGUAUAUGAGUUAAAAUCCAGUAUAGAUGCCUUUAACUUCUAAAAUAUCUCACAAGAUUGGGACCAUUUAGCCCAUAUAACUAUAACAUUGAAAGUAAUAUAACAAAAAACAAUAUCAUGUCUUUUAUGUUUUUAAACUCCCACAGCAGAUGUUUACCUGCUUUGUACAUUUGUGGAAAUAUUUGAGAUAUGACAAGAAAUAUGCAUGAUGAUUGGACGUGAGGAUUUUUACAUGCAUUCCUGUCUUAUGACCACUGAUUUGUAAGCCAAUUUGUAAUUAUUGUUGUUCAUAAAUACUUCUCAGUGCC